UUUUGUUCGACGUUUGCUAUUAUUCUGAAAGGUAAUCUUGGAAGUCGACGAUAAUCACUGUAAUUAUUAAUUGUAUUUUGAUGUUGUUAUUUUAAAGUCCGAUUAAAAGAUAUUUAAGUUAGAGGAUGUAUGAUGGUAAUCAGACAAAGACAAAUUAUCGGUUAAUUUGUUGCGGCUGAGAGAGAGAGUGCGGAUUUCAGGUUCGUGGAAGUGGGAAGCGUUUAUAACAGCGACGUCGCGGCUCCGAGGUUGUAGAAGCGCGCGGUGUUUCGCGGUGGUUAGAGUUGCUAGUUUCGAAAAAGUUUGGAACAAAUUUGUUCUUGUUGUUGUUGUUGUUGCUGAAAUGGACGUGGAGGAAUUUCGUGAGCGCGGCAAGGAGAUGGUGGAUUACAUAUGCCAGUACAUGCAGGAGAUGGGAGAGAGAAGGGUGACGCCGGCCGUCGAACCUGGAUAUCUUAGGAAGCUUCUACCAGCUGAAGCACCCGUCAAGGGAGAACCGUGGGAAGACAUCAUGUCCGACGUGGACGGAAAGAUAAUGCCAGGCGUUACGCAUUGGCAGCAUCCCAGGUUCCACGCUUAUUUUCCAUCGGGAAACUCGUAUCCUUCCAUCCUUGGAGACAUGCUUUCCGAUGCGAUCGGCUGCAUCGGUUUCUCAUGGGCUGCGAGUCCUGCGUGCACCGAAUUAGAAACGAUCGUCAUGGAUUGGCUUGGAAAGGCUAUCGGUCUGCCGGAAGACUUCAUAACUUCAACUCCGAAGAGCACCGGCGGUGGUGUCAUCCAGUCUUCGGCGAGCGAAUGCGUGCUGGUCAGCAUGCUGGCUGCGAGGAAUCAGGCGAUCAAUCACCUGAAAAAGUCCAGUCCGGACGUGGACGACAGCGCUUUUCUUCCUAGACUCGUAGCGUACUGCUCGCAGGAAUCGCACUCUUGCGUGGAGAAGGCAGCUAUGAUCCUUUUGGUGAAGUUGAGGAUUUUAGACCCGGAUGAGAACUGUAGCUUGAGGGGAGAAACUCUGAGGAAAGCUAUGGAAGAGGACGAAGCUGCAGGGUUGGUUCCCUUCUUCGUUUCAACGACCCUCGGUUCCACUGCUUGCUGCUCCUUUGAUAACCUGGUGGAGAUAGGACCUAUAUGCAGGGCGAAACCUUCCACUUGGCUGCACGUUGAUGGCGCCUACGCAGGAAACGCAUUUAUCUGUCCUGAACUUAAACCUCUGAUGGCCGGUAUAGAAUACGCCGACUCCUUCAACACGAACCCGAACAAAUGGUUGUUGGUUAACUUCGAUUGCUCAUGUCUGUGGGUACGCGAUAGACUUCGACUAACUGGAGCUCUUGUGGUCGAUCCACUCUACCUGCAGCACGCAAACAGCGACGAAGCCAUCGACUACAGACAUUGGGGGAUACCUCUUAGCAGACGAUUCCGCUCGCUGAAGCUUUGGUUCGUCAUCAGGAAAUACGGCAUCGAAGGUCUUCAAGCUUACAUCAGGAACCACAUUGCUCUGGCGAAGAAAUUCGAGGAACUGGUCAAAAACGACAAUAGAUUCGAAAUCGUAAACGACGUUCGCUUGGGUCUGGUUUGCUUUCGGCUGAAAGGCUGCGAUUCUCUGAACAGAAACCUUUUGGCGACCAUAAACGCCUCAGGUAAACUGCAUAUGAUCCCAUCGAUGGUCAAAGGAAAGUACAUCAUCAGAUUCUGCGUGGUGACGGAGAAGGCCUGCGAGGCUGACAUCGUCACUGCUUGGAAGGUGAUCAACGAGCACGCCACCGAUAUUCUCGACUCACAGAAACCCGCUACACCAGAAGUCGUCGCCAGACCUCCACUCACCAGGCAAAAGUCCAGGCGGUUCUCUUUCACCAGAAGCGUUUCCAGGGAUAUCUACAAGAGGACCAUGAGCAAAUCGAACUUACACGAUGGCGCCACGCCCAUCCUCAUACCCGACGACGAGACGGAUUCACCCGAAUCCAAUGAUGGAAUCCUCGAGGCCAUCACCAACGAAGAUGACGAUGUUUUCAUCACCAAAGACUUCAACGACUUCAGCAUUAAGGAGGAGCCGAAAUGCCAAAGAGUUUAGGACAUCACCACCUCACCCAAUUCUUGAGGCUAAUACAUUUUUUUUAUACUCUCUACCUAUAAUUGUAUCAUCAACAGUAUUACUUAAGAUUAUAUA